AUGUUGGCUAACGUGUCAAAGAAUAUCAGAUCUGUAAGGUUCGCGCAGGCUCCUAAGUUUGUCAGAUACAACUCCAACAAGGUCCAGGGUACCGUGAUCGGUAUCGACUUGGGGACCACCAACUCGGCGGUGGCGGUGAUGGAGGGCAAGACGCCCAAGAUCAUCGAAAACGCAGAGGGAUCGAGAACCACGCCGUCCGUGGUGGCGUUCACCAAGGACGGCGAGCGGUUGGUCGGGAUCCCCGCCAAGAGACAGGCGGUGGUGAACCCGGAAAACACGCUUUUUGCCACAAAGAGAUUGAUUGGCAGACGGUUCGAGGACCCCGAGGUGCAGAGAGACAUCAAGCAGGUGCCUUACAAGAUCGUGAAGCACUCGAACGGCGACGCGUGGGUGGAGGCCAGGGGCGAGAAGUACUCGCCUGCACAGGUGGGCGGGUUUGUGCUCAACAAGAUGAAGGAGACGGCCGAGGCGUACCUGGGCAAGCCCGUGAACUCCGCGGUCGUGACUGUGCCAGCCUACUUCAACGACUCGCAGAGACAGGCCACCAAGGACGCCGGCGCCAUUGUCGGGCUGAACGUGGCCAGAGUGGUGAACGAGCCCACCGCCGCCGCCCUCGCCUACGGGCUGGAGAAGGACGACUCCAAGGUCGUGGCCGUCUUCGACUUGGGCGGAGGCACCUUCGACAUCUCCAUCUUGGACAUCGACAACGGCGUCUUCGAGGUCAAGUCCACCAACGGUGACACCCACUUGGGUGGUGAGGACUUUGACAUCGCCCUCGUGAGAUACAUUGUCGACCAGUUCAAGAAGGAGUCCAACAUCAACUUGGAGGGCGACAGAAUGGCCAUCCAGAGAAUCAGAGAGGCCUCCGAAAAGGCCAAGAUCGAGCUCUCCUCCGCCCUCUCCACCGAGAUCUCUCUUCCCUUCAUCACCGCCGACGCCACCGGGCCUAAGCACAUCAACUUGAAGAUGUCCAGAUCCCAGCUGGAGAAGUUGGUCGAGCCUUUGAUCAAGAAGACCUACGAGCCUUGCAAGAAGGCCCUCAAGGACGCCAACUUGGCCACCUCCGAGAUCGGCGAGGUCAUUCUCGUUGGUGGUAUGUCCAGAAUGCCUAAGGUCAUUGAGACCGUCAAGGAGAUCUUCGGCAAGGAGCCUUCCAAGGCCGUCAACCCGGACGAGGCUGUCGCCAUCGGUGCCGCCAUCCAGGGUGCCGUUCUCUCCGGUGAGGUCAAGGACGUCCUUCUCUUGGACGUGACCCCAUUGUCCCUCGGUAUCGAGACCUUGGGCGGUGUCUUCACCAGAUUGAUUCCAAGAAACACCACCAUCCCAACCAAGAAGUCCCAGGUCUUCUCCACCGCCGCGGACGGCCAGACCUCUGUCGAGAUCAGAGUCUUCCAAGGUGAAAGAGAAUUGGUGAGAGACAACAAGUUGAUUGGCAACUUCACCUUGGCCGGCAUUCCUCCAGCUCCAAAGGGUGUUCCUCAAAUCGAGGUCACCUUUGACAUCGACGCCGAUGGUAUCAUCAACGUCUCUGCCAAGGACAAGGCCUCCAACAAGGACUCCUCCAUCACCGUCGCCGGCUCCUCCGGUUUGACCGACUCCGAGAUCGAGAAGAUGGUCAACGACGCCGAGAAGUUCAAGGAGCAGGACCAGGCCAGAAAGGAAGCCAUCGAGCAGACCAACAAGGCCGACCAAUUGUGCAACGACACAGAGAAGUCCAUCACCGAGUUUGGUGACAAGUUGGACAAGGCCGACGCCGACAACGUCAAGAAGCUCAUCACCGACUUGAGAGACCUCAUCGUCAAGGUCAACGGUGGCGAGAACGUCGAGGUUGCCGACAUCAAGGCCAAGUACGAGGAAUUGCAGCAAUCCAGCCUCAAGUUGUUUGAGAAGAUGUACAAGAACCAACAACCCGACGCCGACUCCAACAAGGAAGAGCCAAAGAACUAG